UCGGAGUUGAUUUUUUUUUUAAAGCUUUCUCCCUGUCUGUUUUUUGUGUUUUAAUAAUUGUUUUUGUGGAUUUAUUUUACAUGUGUACUUGUAGCGAUCGAAAAGCAGAAUAAUAUCCACAACAACACGAAUACAUUAACAAACUGAACACCAUCUAAAAUAUAUUGGCUAUAGAAAGAUAUAUCUGUAGCUAAAAUAUUGUAUAAACAAAUCAGCGGGGAAACACAGAAAGCACACACGCAGACUGGAGAAAAAUGACGGAGGAACUUUGAACCGUGGGGAGCGUGAAAAUCAUCCAACACUACAGUAGGAAGGAGGACAUAUCCCACCAGCAACAGUAGCACUAAAGAAAGAAAGUAUUCAAUAUCCCUCUGAAUCCCUCCCAUCCACUGGAGAAGCAACAAGAACCAGAGAGGCCUAAACCAGCAGGACCCCAUAACUCGCAGUUCACAGCAACUGGCUGGAUCUGCAAGCCGCGGCGCCACAGCAGGAGUGGUGGGCUGGCCAGGGAAGAGGACGCCACAGGAAGCUCGUACAGAAUUCGGACCCGUCCACCUCACCGGAAUGUUCUAGAGGGGACGCCCGACCCGUCUGACUUUUCCCGUGUGGAUUAAGCCAACCUCCCCCCCCACCCCCCCCCCACCCCCCCUGCCCCCUGCCCCGAACCAUGUGAGGGACCCCUGCCUCUCGAGCCGUGGGGUAUCUGAGCACUGUUCUGGGAGCACUGCCGCCUGCUGGUGGGUGGGGCGCGACUCCGGAGCGCCUCCCGCGUGUAGACCAGGCGUCUACGCCCCCCUCUGCGUGCUCCCCUCCCCCCCCCACUCCCCCCUGAGGGGGAACAACCAUGAUGUUCCGAGACCAGGUGGGCAUCCUGACGGACUGGUUCAAGGGCUGGAACGAGUGCGAGCAGACUGUGGCACUGCUGUCCUUGCUGAAGAGGGUGACUCGCACCCAAGCCCGCUUCCUCCACAUCUGCCUGGAGCACUCGCUGGCCGACUGCACCGAGAUACACAUCCUAGAGGCCGAAGCCAACAACGCAGCCAUCGUGAGCCAGUGGAACCAGGAGCCCAAGGAGAAGGUGGUCUCCCUGCUGCUGUCCCACCUGCCCCUGCUGCAGCCGCGCAACAGCGAGGCCAAGUGCCAGUACAUGAAGCUACUGCAGAAGGUCCUGAGUCACACCAUCGAGAGCAGCCUGUUCGUGGAGGAGAGCCGGCAGCUGCUGUCCUACGCCCUCAUACACCCCGCCACCACCCUGGAGGACCGCACCUCCCUGGCCAUGUGGCUCAACCACCUGGAGGAGCACCUGUCCAGCGGCUACACGGCCACGCGGCCCCCCGUGGGCCCCUACCACCCCCGCCAGGGCUCGGACGAGUGGCCCGGGCCCCCUGACAGCCUGGACCCCGCCCACGCCUGGCCCGACAAGUCCCCCGCCUCCAGCUCCUCCACGGCGGGGCAGAACGGGCACCUGUGCUUUCCUGGCCCCGGAGGCAUGCCCUCGCCCAUCAACAGCAUCGCCACUGGAACCAACACCGUGCUGUCCAGCCAGAUCCACCCCAGCCCGCUGAAGAGGGCCAUGUCCGUCAUCCCCUCCAGCCCCCAGGCCUGCGGCAGUGAGUGGCCCAGCCAGGAGGACCUCGGGGGCCGACCCGGCUUCCUGCCCCAGGACCACGCCCCGCUGUCGCCCCAGAGCAGCGUGGCGUCCUCGGGCAGCGAGCAGACCGAGGACCAGGGCGCGGCCCGCAACAGCUUCCAGGAAGAUGGAAGUGGCAUGAAAGAUGUCCCCACUUGGCUGAAGAGUCUUCGCCUUCAUAAGUACGCCUCGCUGUUCUCCCAGCUGACCUACGAGGAGAUGAUGAUCCUGACGGAGCAGCACCUGGAGUCUCAGAACGUGACGAAAGGGGCCAGGCACAAGAUUGCCCUCAGCAUCCAGAAGCUACGGGAAAGACAGAGUGUGCUAAAGUCCUUAGAGAAGGACAUCCUGGAGGGAGGAAACCUGCGCAGUGCCCUCCAGGAGCUCCAGCAGAUCAUCAUCACGCCCAUCAAAGCCUACAGCCUGCACGCCGCCGCCCAGAAGGAGGCGGAGCCCAACGCCCCGCCCGGCGAUAAGAGCGGCCAGUCCGGGGAAGGCAAGGAGGCGGCGGCCUCCGAGAGCUUCCCUACCCACAACCCCCCGCCCUGCGACGGGGAGCCCUCGUCCACGCCCAUCUGCGACGGCGACAUCGCCAGCCAGUUUACCCGCGUCAUGGGCAAAGUGUGCACUCAGCUGCUUGUAUCCAGGCCAGAUGAGGAGAAUAUCAGCUGCUACCUUCAGCUCAUUGAAAAGUGUCUGGCUCAUGAGGCCUUCACCGAGACGCAGAAGAAGAGGGUGGUGUCCUGGAAGCAGCAGGUGCUGAAGCUCCUCCGCCUGUUCCCUCGGAAGUCCAUGCUGGACGUGCCUGUGUACCGGCAGAAAGGCUGGACCUACGGCUCCAACUCCCUCCCUACAGCGGGCUCUGUGGGGGCGGGCCUGGGGCGCAGGGGCCAGAGGCAGUUCCAGAUGCCCCCCCGGGGCCUGCCCCCGAGUAGGAUUGGCCUGAUGAGCCCGGGGGGCAUCGGGGGGGCCUCCCCCCGCCAUACCCUCACCAGCCCCGCCCUGGGAGCCCAAGGCCGACAGAGCUUGUGGUUUCCCAACCCUGGGGGCAGUAACAGCAUGCCCAGCCAGAACCGCAGCUCUGUGCAGAGGACCCACUCGCUGCCCGUCCACACCUCUCCGCAGACCAUGCUGAUGUUUCAGCAGCCAGAAUGCCAAGUUCCAGGCACGGACCUAGAGAUCAACCCCACACUGGAGUCCCUGUGCCUCAGUAUGACGGAGCAUGCCUUAGGGGAUGGAAUGGACAGAACAUCGACAAUAUGAAAAUAAAUCAAAUAAUCAAUUUAAAGGAAAGAAAAAAAACCUACACUUUAUAACUGAAUCCUGAUCAGCUUUCCGAGGCUGUGGGACAGAAAUCAACAUAAACAUAAUGGUCACUACAAAAUACAAACUAACUGUGUAUAUGUUCUCUGAUAUUUUUCUACUUUAUUACACUUAACUAAGGUUUAUUAUAAAUGGAAUACAGAUUACUAUGAUAUAAUGAGAGAAACAAAGACUUGCAGGGGAGUUUGAAUGCUGAAUUGUUUAGUUUUCCAAACUGCUCGAUGUCUCCCUCUGCAGGCCAAUGACAUAAUGAGAGAGGCCGUGGCUAACGGGAAGGGCUGCUGCCGGUCUUUUGCCACUGGUUCACUGCUGACACUGAAGCUGAGGUCGGUCAGAGAAAGGGAGGAUUGGUGCUGACUUAAGGGCCUUGUUCCCAAAAAUGCUCCUUCCUUUUGGUCCCAGUGUAAAGUCCAAAUGCUAGGAGAAUUGAAUAACCUCCCUGUGGGGGUGGUAUACAGCACAGCCAUGCAUUCUGGGAAACUGUCUGAAGAGCUCAGCCAUGCGCUUUUAAGCACCCCAAAACCUCUGUCUCUCUCUGAGAGAGAGAGAGCGCGAGAGAGAGAGAGAGGUAGAGGUAGAUAGUUCCCUUCUGUCUCCUUGGCUUAUUUUUGGGGGAGCUUUGGGACACCUACAAAAACAAUAUAGGUUUAAAAUGAUUAGGGCUGUCACAAAUUGAAAAGAAAAAAAGUUCAAGAAAUGUGCCACUAAAAUUUUUGUCAUUUCGAAACCCAGACUUUCAGGAGGAAAAUAAUUUUGAAAAAAUGUAUAUCCCCUCCCCUCCCUGGAUUUAGAUAAGGGCUGGUGAAAUUUAAACCAUUUGAAAAGAAGUGUGACAUCUCAUUGAGAGGAAUGACAGGUUUAUUUUGCAUAUAUACAUUGAAAAAAAUCUAAAUGAUCCUGCACUUUUUUGGUAGAGAAAAAAGCUAAAUAAAUACAAUCUAUACCCUCUGACCCCAUUUCUGUUGCUUAGAGUGAUUGAAAAUGAAGCUGUUUUUUUUUCUGCCGGUCGGAAUUGAAUGGUCAGGCCUCUCCACUCCCAUAAUUUCUGUUAAAGGCUGAAUCAAGGCUGUUUUAAAAUGCAUAAGUGUCCCUUUCUUUUGUGACACUUUGGUCCAACGGUUUUACAUUCAGAUCAUCAUGGAUUAUUGGUGUUUUUAGAUCAACAGCAGUUUUGUUGUAAACAGUAAAAUGUCUUUAACUGUGUUAGAGGGGUAGUGUGUCCUCGUCUGUGCAGAUUGGGUGUUAGUAAUUCGAUUUAUAAAACACUUUUGUUUUGUAACUCAAGACUGGGAUUUCCUUUAGUUUGGGUGUUUGGAGCUUAGAUGUUUGUUAGGGCGUCCAUUUUGUGAACUUUGUCGUAGGCCUUGUUCAUCUCCAUUUGCAGUACCAGUGCUUUACAGGAAAUGGACACUCGGGCGUGUAGGACGGGCAUCUUCCCUGCCAAACAGCUUGAUCUGCUUCAGUGACAGAGGGGGUCGUGGUGUGGCCACAUACUGUUCCCGGCCAAUGGCAGGACAGGAAGGGGGAACGUGCAAAUGGAGGAAGCGUGUCAUCCAAACAGCAGGUUUUUGUCUGGGCCGAAGGGGACCGUGGUCUGUGGUGACAGAGCUGCCUUUUUAACGUAUGUGUUCCAGCUUCUGGCCAUGCAGGGGGUCUUGGCAUCAGUCCUUACGGAGUAGGUACAGUGGAAUACGUAUACUUAUGUUUUUGUUUUUUGGGCUGGUGUGCGUACCGGGAGGAAUGUCUCCUCUCCAGAUGUUUAGGUGCUGUUGUGCUUUAACUCUUGCUUUUUCAUCAGACCAUGUGUGACUUGGUGAACCCUCAUAUUUCAGCUGUACCCCUUUUAUUAUGGGAAUUAUACGUUAUAGGUCUUGCCAUCUCUUUGGUAGUAUCGGCAGACAGGAACAUGCAUAAAUGGCACUUAAGGAUGGCUGGCCAUGCCGUAGAUGACAGUCAACAAGUGGGGGAGCGCAUGACGAAGUUGAGAGAACCCGCAUCACAUCUCGCUGCAGGCUGAGUAAAAUUGGGUGGUUGCGUUUUUCACAAAUUUUCUGGAGCAAGGUGUCGGGGCGUUGCCAUGGUGUCAUAUUCCUGCGUGGUUUGGGUGUUUUGACACUCAGGUUGUGCAGGCUUCAUCUUGCCUGCUGUAGAAUUGAUCACCCGCACGCUGUAGAUCUGGUCACCCGCUCGCUUUAGAUCUGGUCACCUGCUCGCUUUAGAUCUGGUCACCUGCUCGCUUUCGAUCUGGUCACCCGCUCGCUUUAGAUCUGGUCACCCGCUCGCUUUAGAGCUGGUCACCCGCUCACUUUAGAGCUGGUCACCCGCUCACUUUAGAGCUGGUCACCCACGCACUCUAGAGCUGGUCACCCGCUCACUUUAGAGCUGGUCACCCACGCACUCUAGAGCUGGUCACCCGCACGCUUUAGAGCUUGUCACUCGCACGCUUUAGAGCUUGUCACUCGCACGCUGUAGAGCUGGUCACCCGCGCGCUGUUGUGUGCCGGCUCGGGUCCUGCGGGCUCCGCUCCUUCCUCAGUGCGGUGUGGUGCAGUUGUUACCUUCUGCCUUUGGUCUGGUCUAUCCAUUAAUUGAUUUGUCUGAUUUGGUGCUAAUUAUGAGGUGGGUGUCUUUUAGAUGGUCUGUUUCUAGAUUGUUCCCUGCUGCUAAACUGACUCUGGCUCAUGAACGUCCUCACCUCUGCCCUAUGCCGUUCUCUAUUCACUCUGCUGGCCGCAGAGAAACGAUGCUCGACUGUCCUCAACUAUGCCUUGGUUACUGUGACACCACGUUUGCUCCCCUGGAGACCUGUCCACUUGGCAGGCACAUAGAAGCCCAGAUCUGACCUGGAGUGGGCUUCUGCCUCUCCUUCGGGCGGAGGAAGGAUCUGGGCCGAUUCAAGCUCAUAUGUGGUGCACAUCCGUUCUCCACACCCAAAUUCAUUCAAUUCCUCCAAAUUCUUCUCUUAAAGCCGCUGAAAUGCUUUUCCCUGUGUAAGGAGCACCAAGGCAUACUGACUGACAUGAUUUCAUGCAUGCUUUAUAGUCUGCAUUAUUUCCCUAUCUGGUUUUGACUUCUGCUUACCAGAAGCAUUUGAACUGUUCCAUUUGAACUUCAUUGUGGUGUGUUCCUGUUGUCCCAUCGUCGUGGAUGGCAGUUCAGUUAAAUUAGUCAUUUGCAGCAAAGAAUUUAAGUUUUGUUUGGGAUCUCGGUCUCUGAGCUUAUCUGAUGUAAAGACUGGAGCUUGAAUUUGAUGUUGAAUUUGAUAGCGCUCGUGCCAGCUUUGCUUCAGCCCUAAAUGGGCAUUGUAUCUCGCUGACAACAGAAAACUAUGCACUUGAUUUUGAACGAGACCCCAUUGUUGCUUGGUAAAUUACACUCUUAAAUGUUAACACUACAGAGCACAGUCUUCUGAACAGUAUGGUCAGAAACUCCAAAACCAUUAUUUCCUGUCAGAUGUCUUACCUGUGAGUAGGUCUUCAGAAAUGCAAGUCCAAUAUUGUUUGUGCUACUUCUUUAGCUUUAAGCAUACAGAUCUCUUGCUGUUGAUUUUUCUUGGUGUGAGAGGGACAUUUUCAUGGACCGUUGAUCGUUGUCCAAAGGUACAGUUUGCAUGACAUCUAAGGCUGCAUGAAUCCUUGGGCCUGCGUUCAUGCUAAAACCCAAAGUUCACCGUUCAGCAGCAAACUCCAAAAACCUUUUACCUCGCUCUUUUCCUCCACAGGGCUGAUGUCAGGGUGAAAUUGAAGGUGAAAUUGGGAAAUGGAAAGCUUGUGUAAAACGGCUUCUCAGAGUUCAAGGCAGGGCACAUUAAUAUUGCACUGAAUGCAGGUCCUGGGCAAGACUUUUAUUAGUUUAUCUCCACCAUAUCCACUUCACCAUUCAAUAUAAAAUAUUAUGCACCUAUAGCUAUUCAGUAGUGUUGUUUUCGUUCCUACCUAAGUAGGCAUUUGUCUAAACGCAUAGUUUUGAUUGUAUGUUGAUUAUGAUGGUCACUGCGUACCAUUGUGGGAUUUGGUGCAAGGAAACAAACAGUUGUCUGUUUUUUGCAUCGUGGUUUGCAAAAGAUAAAACUGGUCAGCCUUGUUUAGUACAUUCUCUGAUUUUCUGAAUUGUGCAUUUGGUAGAAUAAAUGCAUUUAUGCAUGCUUUAUUAUUUCAGGAUGAAUGCAUUCCAGCAUACAUUGGGAAGAACAAAUGUGUGUAACGCAAGGGUGCAUUUUGGUUGCUUUGUUCGAUCGGCAAUCCUGUAUUCCCUUCGUUCCUGACAUUUAUGCAGAUCUCAUUAGUUUAGCCCCUUUAUUUUCAUUUUCAUGCUAUUUCAGUUGCCAACUUUGAAGGGCUGCACUGCUGUCACUGGAACAGGUGGCUGCUUCGAAGUCAAAUUAUGUUCCUGCCUUUUUUGGUCUUUGUUGAGCCAUUUUGGCUCUGGUUGUGUAAACUGAUGAAGCGCAUGUAGGCCGCUGCCUACGGUGGUCGAGGUGUGAAAAGGGCGCUCUCGCUUCAUCCAGCUGUGUCCCUCUGUUAAGUCUGGUCUGAGUUCCAAGAUCCUUGUAGAUGUGGCACCGACACGCUCACCGCCUUGCCUUUUAAACUGUCGUCCGCUAGUGCUCGUAUACUCGAAUGGAGUGGAGUUUUGCACGGCAACUGAAACUGAAAAAUUACUGUCGUGUCCACCCUCCCUUUUCAUCGACAACUUUCAAAAUGUUCCUUUUUCUGCACCCUGUCGCACGGCAACCAUGUUGUCCGCUUUGUAACAUGGGUUCAACAGAGAGACAGCAACUGAAAUAAUGAGAGGAUAUUUUAGAAUACUAGAGCUACCUCGAAUGACACUUUUCACUUUUUAUAGCUGGCCACAGCCUGAAAGAGAUCACUACCAAACACCGCAGGGAGAAGCAAGCUGGUGUGGCUGGGAUAUAUGCAUGCUGAAUACAUGGCCUUUCACAGAAAUACGAAGGCAACCCAACUAACCUUGCAGAAAAUAACUGUCCCAGUGGGUGUCAGCCCAGACAUCCACAGUCUAUUCACAGUGGCGAUACUGAAUUAUUUAUUUCUACAAAUUUAAAGCAAAAUAAAUAAGGGGUAGGUCCUCUUAUUAAAAUAGAUAUGUUAUUUUAGAUACAUUUUAUUAUGAAUAGCGUUUGUUAUUGCUAUGGCGGGUAACCAUGACAACAUUAUAAAAUCUUUGGUGUAGUUGACUGGUUUGUUAUCGCUUUGCCAUUGCUUUGCUUUCUAAAAGCGAAUGAGCAUACAGGUGUUUGUGAUUGUUUAAUUGGUUAUUUUCGUGUUUUCAUGUUAGAGCUGUGCUUAUUUUAUGGUUUUAUUUUGUUAAUGUUUGUAUUGUUGUGAGGUAUGGAACCAUCAUCCCGCAGUGAAUCUGCUUUUCAUAUUUGACACUAAUGCAUCUACUGAAUAGAAAGAAAGGAAGCAGCCUCAUGUGUUAACAGAAAAACAUUAAAAACAGAGUUGUGUUCAGCUUGAUGCUGUAUUUGUCUGGCGUGAUCAGAUACCUUUGGAUUGGUUUAAAAUUAAACAUCACAAGAGGCAACCAUUAGUUGCAGAGCUAUGACUAGCGCAGGCAGUGACACAGGUAUGACAAUAGGUAGUGUUAGUCACACAGGUAUGACGAUAGGUAGUGUUACUCACACAGGGUUGACAAUAGGUUGUGUUAGUCACACAGGGUUCACAAUAGGUAGUGGUAGUCACUCACGUAAUGACAAUAGAGCAGUGUGACUUUUCUGGCCAGAAGUUGAAAACUGGAAACUUGAUUUAUUUUGAGAAGUUACUUUUGUGUACAUUUUCCUCCAUGUCAUCUUUAUUCAGACAGUUCAACAAAAGGUGCUCCAGGUUCCUACAGCGUGUUCAGCAGGAAAACUGAUACAGGCUGAUGGAGGGAACGUAACCAUGAGCCAUUCGAACGUAAGGCAGGGGUGCUCUCCAUUUCCCACAGUGAGAAAUGCAUGUUUGGGCCCAUUAAACAAAUACUUCCCUUUACUAGGUGGUUUUACUUUUCCUUUGGGAUCAGAUUGAAGUGAUGGAGCUCCCUGGCUCUUUAAACGCACAUACAGACACAUGAUCGCACACACACGCUGUUCCAUGCGUCUCAAGUUGCAGGCAGCUGGGAGCUCCGCUUACAUUUAAAAAAACUUAUGUAAAAGCUUCACAUACCAACUUUCCGAGCUUCAUGGAGCAUCAAGGCACCCUUCUGUCCUCCCAUUCAUCAUUUCUGUUUUAACUUUAGCCUGAGAGGGCUGGUAAUAGAAUACUGUUUUAAGUGACUUGAACACUUUCUUGUGAUGUUUAGAUGUCUCACCAGGGCUUAUGAAGGCGUUUCCCUUACCUUGUCUCAUUGACAUCUAAUCAGUGCCUCUGUCACCCUUUUUCCUCAGUCAGAGGUUUGAUGUGGUUUUGAAGGCGAAUACAGGGCCUGACUAAACGCAGCCAGAAGCCUGGUUUGAAAGGAACUGCAGAGUGAAAUCUGCAGUUUUCAGAUUUCACAAUUUCUAACGGCGGGGAAACUAUGUGCAGGACCCAAAGCCGUUGGUUUUCAGCUGACCAAAGAGUGGACAAAUACAGAGCCCUUUGUCAAGCAGUUCCAGAGGGGAAGGACACAGCCGUGCAGUGUGAGGGUGGGGUGGGGUGGGGGCACAGUGACCCCCCAUGUGUAAACGCAGCUUUGUGUUUGUGAUUUGUACUGGCUACAGGUGCACAGCUCCGUCUUAUCUUUAAUAAUUAUUUGUAUACUUUACUGCUGCAUGCAUAAGAGAGAGAGUGAAAAAAAGAAAAAAAAUUCCAACCUGUUAAUGCAAAUGUGGCUGUGCCUUUUUCCUGUGUUUUUGUAUUAUUAUUAUUAUUAUUAUUAUUAUUAUUUUGGGUCCCUGUUAAGAAAAAGAAAUGGGGUGCGCAGAAGAGUGAUCAGGGAAGGGUGAAGUGGCUGGGUCCAUUGGAACUGAUAUAAGCUAAAGUGGCUGUCCUGUCUGCGCGUAGCGGACCGCGGCUCCACAGGCCCAGGAAGGACUACCCGCCUCCAGAGCGGCAUGCUGGGGCCUGUUCACAGCUGGAUUUACUGGGAACAGGACCCAGGUGCCCCCGAACUGGGUCCCGGCCCCUCGCCCACCGGAUCCCCUCAGAUGGACCCACUCAAAAGGUCUUCUUCCCGCCAGGUUCCACAGACCUUUCUCUCUCUGGGGUUUUAUUUUUUGUAUUUUUUUUCCCCCCCUCUACAUUUGUUUUUCUCAAGCGGCCAUUGAGCACUGAGAAAUGGACAUGGUACCGGAGGUGUGCGUUUUGGCCCGUGCUCGGAAAGUCUGCUGUCUUUCAUUAGUUUUGAGUUUUGCCCCUGCUGCCCCCGGAGGCCGACAGUCCGACAGACGGCCGCGUCCAGAGGUGCGCAGAGCAGACCAGCGGUUUUUGGAAGCGAAACGAAGACCUACAACUGUGAUUCUCACGCUUGGGAGAAAAGUGCACCAGAUCUGUGUUUGGUGUUGGCCAGAAUCUUUUUUUUUUUUUUUUUUGUGUUUUUCUCCUGUCGUUACCUUUUCAAUUCGGUACUGAUGUUUCUCUGCUGUGUGUAAAGAGCAAGACGCAUUACAGACAGACUGACAAGGCCGCAUUACCAGCCUUGAAAAGUGGGAAGUGGAACCUUUUAUUAUUGUUAUUAAUAUUAUAAUUGUCAUUGUUCUAAUUAUUUACUAUUAUUUAACACACAUAUGUUACUUUGAAAGGGAGGGGAGAGGUCAUGUUUUGUUUCUUUUUUAUUGCCCUUCCCUGAUAUGCUAGUUACAUGAAUGGAAACAAAAAUCUAAAGAUUUUUAUUAAAAUUGUUCAUGUUUUGCUGGUUUAUGAAGUCUGAAAUAUUAUUUUGAGGAAAUUCAUACCUUUGUUAUAAUACAUUUAAAAAGAU